AAUAGUAUGUGAAUAUGUGAACGGAUGGAUGGGACUGUAACUGUAAAGCAAUUCGGGGCUUCUAGGAAGGUAGUAAAGUGCUAUAUAGGUAUACGCAAUUUACCAUUUCAAGAAAACUCUUCACUAAGCUGUACAAGACAAGCGGAUAAUAGAAAAGAUUUUACUACAAGGUAGUAAUGUUUUCUUCUACUCCUCCUUUCAACAGGUUGUGCAGUCAUGUUGUGGUCGGUAUGGUUGUAUCUCCUCUAUUUACAGAGUGGAGCUCUUGGUUUUGGAACUUUUCCUGGAGAAUAUUUUAAUCAUCAAACAAUCACUGAGAGAGCACUCCUGAAUGUUACAGCUCAGGUCUGCAGAGCUCUGGCUCUGGCUGAGGGGAAGGACUUCACGUUUCCUGCACAGUCUUUCACUGCCAAGUCCAUCGCUAAUGCAUGUGAAGCUCCAAAGUCAUACAAAGUUUUCCUUGCUAACAUCGUAUUCAUCCAAAACAUGAAUGCGGCUGUAGAUGUACGUCGACUCUUUGAUGCACGUUAUCACUUUAGUGAUGAGCUUUUAAGAGAAGGACAGAGUCUCAUCACAGAUGGAUUAUCAGUAGUAAAGGCUGCCAACAAGAAGCAAAAUUUUGUGGCAGCAAGGUCAAUCCUGGGAGAGAUACUCCACACCUUACAGGAUUUCUACAGUCACAGCAACUGGGUAGAAUUGGGAAACAAAUUUCCAAACGUUAAUAUGAUCAGAAAGAACGCCAACAUUGGAAAUAUUGCAGAUAAAACCACUGCAACCUGUCGCAGCUGCAAUGGGGACGACUGCAGCAACAAUAUUUUGGAGGAAAUAAUAGCAAAGAAUAUUUUGACAUCUGGAUACUUUGCUUUAGAGGAUUUUCCUGCGACCAAACCAACAGGGAAGUGCAGCCAUGGAGGUUUCUUUGAUGCAACAAGUUCAAUCGAGCCUAAAGGUGGGAUCAACAAAGACACUGUUGACUCCAGUCAUGGAUAUCUUCACAUGGAAGCAGCAGAUCUGGCCAUAGCUGCAACCAGUCAGCUUCUGGAGGACAUUCGAGGAGCUUCUGGGGACAGAGAAUUCCUUCAGUUGAUGGGAAUCUCAAAGGGAUCAAGUAAGGCUCUUUGUUUUGUGGUGGACACAACAGGAAGUAUGGGUGACGACAUUGCAGCAGUACAGAACGUCACUUCUACUAUUAUUGAUAGUAAGGUUGGAACAGAGGAUGAACCUUCACUCUACAUUCUUGUACCUUUCAAUGAUCCAGAUUUUGGGCCUCUGAUAAAAACCACAGACGCAGAAGUCUUCAAAGGUUAUAUCAAUUCAUUAACCCCAUCAGGAGGUGGAGACGGUCCAGGAAUGAGUCUUUCAGGACUUCAGCUGGCUCUAACUGGCUCUCCUCCUAAUUCUGAGAUCUUCCUCUUCACUGAUGCACCAGCCAAAGAUAAAUAUCUGAAGAACACAGUGAUUGCACUCAUAGAGCAGAGCAAGACAGUUGUGAACUUCAUGAUUACCAACGUACUAGGGUCUCGCCGUCGCAGACAAGCUAACAGAAGUCAACCGCAACAAAGAAACCAGAGGAUGUUGAGAUCAGAUUCUCAGCUGUACAGAGAUCUGGCUCAGGCUUCAGGAGGACAAGUUAUUCAAGUUUCCAAAAAUCAGCUGCUCCAGGCCACCAGCAUAAUCACAGAGUCCACAAGCUCCUCUCUGGUGACUCUCCUGCAAACAAGCAGGAAUUUGGGGGGGCCGGAAAAUUACACCUUCAGUGUUGAUGAGACAUUAACAAAUCUGAUCAUUUACAUCACUGGAGAUUCAGUUGACUUCACACUAGUCAAUCCUUCAGGUGAGCUUCAUAAUAGCAGCUCCACUGGACCAUCAAUCAUCACAGCUGAGUUGGUGGGAAACUUACAGACUCUACGAUUGAGGACCCAAGUUGGAUUAUGGGAAAUGAGAAUAAUGUCAACAAACCCCUAUACCCUGAAGGUUGUAGGGCAAAGUCCUAUUGAUUUCAUCUUUAGCUUUAUGAUGGACACCUCAGGAGGAGUUGCUCUUUUGGACAAUCGUCCACCUGGCAAUAACACCAUACUGGAGGUGACUCUACUUGAGGCUGACUCCACCACAGUGACUGAAGUCUCUUUGGUUGAAUCCUCAGGGUCAGGACAAAUAGAUGGCUUUCUAGUGGGCAGGGUGCAGGGUGGAGGGCAAUACUUGGUCUGGUUUGACAAGAUCCCAUCAGUUGAGUUUGUGGUAUUAGUGAAAGGACAGAGUACCAACAGUACAACUUCUAGAGCAUCCUCAGUGGCAUUCCAGAGACAGUCUACAACCAGCCUGAGAGCCUCUACACUAACUGUUACUGUGUCUGAUACAGGGAGUGUCUUAGAGCCUGGAACUCCACUCCUCGUUCCCUUUUCUGUAACGACCACUGGUGAUGGAGGAAACUUUGUAAUCAAAGCUACCAAUGAUCAAGGAUUUGAUUUAACCUUCCCAACCAGUUUAACCCUGGAAAGUGGAGGUAGUGCCAACGGUACAGCCAGUAUCACAGCACCCUCUACCUCCCAGUCUGGUACUGGUGUCACACUGACCAUAGAGGCUGAAGCUCCAGGAGGUGCAGACACCAACUAUGGUGUGCUGCGUCUCACUGUUCUUCCAAAGGUGACAGAUUUUUCUCCUCCAGUUUGCCAGCUGGUUAGUCUCCAAUCCAACUGCAGUGGUAACUGCAACCAGUCUAUGUGGGAGCUCUCUGUGGAAGUGAGCGAUGGAGAAAAUGGGACUGGGAUAGAUCGCAUCAGUCUCAGAGAAGGCGACGGCAUGUUAAACUCCAAUAUGACAACAGCCAAUGGGAGUGUGACGCUGGUAUCCUACAACGCAUCCUGCUGCUCGCCUAACGUGCAGAUAGUGGUUGUAGAUCGAGUUGGUAAUGUGGAUGUCUGCAGUUAUUCUGUUACUCCAACUAUCAGUCCAACAGACAGUCCGACUGUCAGUCCGACUGUCAGUCCAACAACUGUCAGUCCAACAACUGUCAGUCCGACUGUCGGUUCAACGGUCAAACCAAGUUCCUCAACAACGUCAUCAUCCAGAGCCGUUCAGCCCUCUCUUCUUUGCCUUAGCGUCCUGAUUUUGGCGGCUUACGUUGAGCUUUAACCCUUCCACUCUCUUUGGGGUCCAGAUGACUCCACCCAUAUUUUGAUGUGUGAUUCCUUCCAUGACAAAUGUGGACAAAAGUGGACAGGAUUGUAUGUCUGCCAUGGACAUUAGUGCAAUGCAUUUAGGGAUAUAUAUAUGAUUUUGAUUACUUGUUUUUUUCUUUGACACAAAGGAAAUUUACUUUUUAAUUACAAAACUGGGGAUUCUUACAAUUUUCUGAGGUUUUAGGUUGCUCUUAAAUCAGCCUUGAAUAUGUUGCUACUUUUUCUCACAAAAGGUUUUGCAGUUGAGGACAUAAUGUUUGGUAAAAGUGUAAAUAAAAAAAAUAAUGUAUUUUAUUUUGAUGAGAUAUUUGUCUCAAUGAUAAACAUAAUUUUAUAUGAAAUAAUUUCUUUUACUUGACACCUUAAGACAAUCUAUGAAGUAUAUCUACUGUGGUUGCGCGUGUUUUGCAAAAUAAAAAGACUUUGCUUCACAGUUAUCAAAUUACAUUCCAAAAGUCAAAGUGAAGAUUAAAUCUCAAUUCUGUACUGACUCAAAUCACUUUAACUUUGAGUAUUUUUUUUAUGUGUUUUAACCAUUUAUGAUCAUUUGUAUCAUAAUCCUGUCUCAUCAGCAUUAUCACAACGUCCCAUAAAAACCAAUUGUAUAUAUUAUUAAUUGUAUAUUCUCUGUGACGUCAUCCAAAAUGUCAAUAUCUCUACUGUUAAAGUUACUUACGAUUUACAAGUCUAGACAGAAUAAGCUGACACCUGAAUGCUGUUUAACAAGAUUUCUUGUAAAUAAAAAGGAAAACCUCAUCAAUUGUAAUGGAACAUGUAUGCAAUAUUUAUCUUAGAAAUUUGCUGCAUUUGUUUUUUCUUCUCUUAGAUUGUUCAAAAAAAUUAAUUAAAAAUGUAAGUAAUGGCACCUUCGACCACAAGAGUAUUGACUGUUUCCACUACAUCUCCCAGCAUGCACCACCUCCUUUUGCAAGUCUUCACCAGCUGUCUCCAAUCAUUUAUCAGUCAUCCAGCACUCUCUAACCUCUGUUGAGUGUGAAGUCUUGUUAAGCAUUGAUGACAGUCUGAGCGGUUUUCUAAGCCCGUUUCUUUGUGUUUCGACCCCUGCUUGUCCUCACUCCUGCCUACCUCGCUCCUUGUUUUUUGCCUGGUUUGACUUGUCUGUUCUGCCUGCUCCUUGUUUGU